UUCCCCUUCGCUCCCCCCUCCAUCCUGCCCUGCCCCGCGUGGCAGUGACGGGCUCCGGCUUCUCUCCCGCAGGAUGCCCGCCGAGGCGCCCGGCAGCGGCGACGGCGCGGAGCCCGGCGCUCCGCGGGAGCGGCGGAGACGGCGCGGCCGUGCGCGGGCGCGGACCGAGGCGCUGCUGCACACGCUGAAGCGCAGCCGGCGGGUCAAGGCCAACGACCGGGAGCGGAACCGCAUGCACCACCUCAACGCCGCCCUGGACGAGCUCCGCAGCGUCCUGCCCACCUUCCCCGACGACACCAAGCUCACCAAGAUCGAGACCCUGCGCUUCGCCUACAACUACAUCUGGGCCCUCUCCGAGACCCUCCGCCUGGCCGAGCAGUGCCUCCCGCCGCCCCCCGCCUUCCGCGGGGCCGCCGCGCCCCCCAGCCCCGGCAGCGACGCGGGGUCCUGGCUGUCCAGCGCCUCCCCGUCCGCCCCUUCGCUCUGCGCCUCCGCCUCCGGCCCCAGCAGCCCCGCCACCUCCGAGGACUGCGCUUACGCGCCCGCCGACAGCCUAAGGGGCUUCCGCGGGCUGCCCGCGGGCCCGGGCGCGCCCCUCCGCUAGCGCGCACCGCCCCGCGCCCCCGCGCACCGCCCGGCGCUGGCCCGGGGCCGGGGGCGGCGAGGGGGGGCCUCGUCCCGUUGCACUUUUCAUCGCUCUCCUUCCCCCCAGCCCCUUCCCCCCGACCCCCGCCUCGCCUCCCGCGCCACUCCGAAAAACUGGGAAGAAGAAAAGCGACAGAUUUGCUGCCGCAGACGAGGUGAAAAGUCAAUUUUACAAUUUGUAGCUCUCCAGCGAAGAAAAACGAGCAUGAAAAUUUGGUUUGAACGCCCUGACAAUGCCAUGAAAAGGCUUAAGGGGCCGAUGCGGCGCGGGGCUCAGCGCGUCUCCCCGGCCCUGCCCCGGGGCGGCUCAGCCCCUCCCGGGGGUCCCAGCACCGGCCCCGAUGGGACCCCGCACCCGGCGGACAGAGGAGAGGCUCAUGCAUUAUAGAUGCUGACCCCCGGCGCGGCCGGCCCGCUUUAGAGUGGGAGCAG